AUGAGCUGCUUCAAAUCUGGAAAUGCAGUGGCAAAGGGCGCCAAGCGUCAGAAACAGCCUUUCUGUUUCGACGACGACGACGACGACGACGGUCCGGUGGAAGGCGGAGUUCGCCCAGCAAUCGCCACACAAGCAGAGCCCGACAUUUUCGAUGAGUCUAUAGAAGACAUGAUCGAGGAAAGUCGUCGCGACAUUCAUGGCAGUGGAAAGGCUGCAACUUCGUCAUACCAUGGCAACAGCGAGAUGGACGAUCUUUUUGUUUUCAGUGAUGAGCGAGUUCAGAACGCUGAGGUCUUUCAUGAAGCCGCUGUACCCAUCAAGUCUGAGGAGUCUGACGAUGACUUUGAUCUGAUGAUCAUCGACCAGGAUGAAGCAUCAUCAAAAGCGCGAGAGCAAUGGUCCAAGCCACGAGGCCCAUGGACAAUUGAUCUUACUCCAUCGUCAAUGGUCAAGAUAGAGCCGGUCGAGCACACUCAUCACAAUUCCAUAAACAAGGAUAUCAAGCAAGAGCCCGGCGCAGAAGCUUCCGCCGAUGGAAGCACCUCUUUUCACACCAGCAAGUCUUUCGUCAAGGAACUAGAGGAGAGGAAAGAAGAAUUGCAAUCGAAAGCAAUCAAAGGUGCUCUGAGCACGGAAGAAUUAUCGGAAAUGUGCCAGAUCAUCACUCAGCUCAGCCGGGCUCAAGAAGAAGUCAAAAUCAGCAACAACGCGCCAACGGCGGUAUCCUUCCCUGCAGCCAAUAUGGAUCAAGCAUUAGUUGAAGGCAAUGAGAAGAAAUCGAAGAAGAAAUCGUACCCUCGCAUCAAAAGUGCGGCAGAGUACUGGGCUCGACAGGAAGACAAGGACCGCAACCGCGAUGCGAGAGGACAGAAGAGAUCCGGGGCAUCUCAGCGCAGUUCACGCGCUACCAAAAGCGCGAGAACUCUGAAAAAUGCAAAUACUGCUGGAGAUGAGAGAGAGAACAAAAGAAUUGAGCGCCAGAUCGAAGCGCUGCUUCGUCCAAUAGAUGCGAUCCAGGAACGAGCGCAAGCCGGUGACUUGACAGCUGCGCCAGUCAUCAUCGCGACCACGAGAGCAGACCAACUGAAGAAAAUGAGAGAAUCUGCACCUGAGUACUUUGAGCCCAAGUUUUUGGAUCGUCAGAAAAGAGAACUUCUGGAAGCAACCAAAGCGUGGGGACCGCGCGCUGUUCGCGCCAAGGACGGCUUCUGGGAGGUCAGAGGCCUGCAGUCUCUGAUGCACCACCAUCAACUCAUUGUUGGCGCUUGGAUGAUGGGUCGUGAGCUCAAGGGAACGCCCAAACUUCCCAGAGGAGGCAUUCUUGCUGACGCCAUGGGCUUAGGAAAGACCAUCGAGACCCUUUCCUGCAUUGUGGGCAACCAGGCGUCGGAGAUGCUCCAAGAAGACGGGAAGGGAGCAACAUUGGUGGUUGUUCCUUCAGGACAGAUGAUCAGUCAAUGGAUGUCCGAAGUCAAGAAGCACUGCGACAAAAAGUUCUCCAAGAACAUCAUCCAUUUCAAAAUCGGUAACAAGAUGGAUAUUGAGCAGUUAUCUUCCUUCAACAUGGUGUUCGCUAGCUACCACCAAAUCCGGGACAGCAUCCCUAAUGCCAAGGAGAAGCUUGAAAUGCUGAAGAAGAUUGUCGACCCAAAGAAAUAUCAGGAGUGGCUGCAAGAGUCCACCGGCGUCUUGCACCAAAUUGAAUGGCACCGCGUGGUGCUUGAUGAAGCUCAUGCAAUCAAAAAUCACCUCACUCACUCUGCAUUCUCGUGCUUCGAACUCAAAGCCAAGCACCGCUGGGCAGUUAGCGGAACACCGCUCAUCAAUGCAGCUACUGAGUUCUUCUCCUACCUGAAAUUCAUUCGAUGCGACGGAAUUGAGGAGUUCAGCGACUACGAGAGCGAGUAUCGCCCAGGGACUCAAAGCCGAGUGAAGCAUAACAAACUCAUUCAUGAGGUUAUGUACAGAAGAACUCAAGGCGAUUACUUCAUGGGUCAACCAAUCCUAAACCUGCCUACUACCAAUCCCACUCAUCAGUACCUUAGACUCUCGAUGGAAGAAAUGGUCAUAUUCAGGAUGAUGGAGGCCUGCUUCCGUCGGAAAAUUAAUCACGACAUCGAGACCGGGGAGGCUUCGAAACAACUGAGGUGCUAUCUCGUCAUGCUACUUCGAUUACGCCAGGCUUCUACCCACCCCUUCUUGCUCGAAGGAAUGAUGGCAGAGUAUUUCACUCAGCGUGACUUGGAAGCAACUCGCAAACAACUGAAGGAGCUCAAAGGCGGUAGCACUGUCUACGACCAGAUCGGCUCUUGGACUCAGAGGCACCAUAUUGCCAGCGAGCGCAUCAGAGAGGUCAUUGAGGAAACAUACCGGCGCAGUCAGCAACAGAUUCUAGAUGACAGCAAAGAGCUACUCGACGCUCACGAGAGCCAGACUAUAGAGCCAGAUCACCGCAAUGUCGCUGGCAGAAGUCAUCCCCAGUCCAAAGCCGGCGAGAGUACUAUCAUGAUAGCCGAUGACAGCGACGAAGUCGACAGCCAAGACGAGGCAGAAGAGGAUGAGGAUGGCCUGGUACCAGAGAGUUUUCUUCUUCCCAGAGAACAGUCGGAGAAUUCAGCGUCCUCGGACGUCGAGGCGGAGGAAGACCGACUCCAGCCUUUCGGUCAUAGUGAUUUCGGUCUAGCAUUUGAUAUGUCUAAGCAACUCGAGUACCUGGAAAAGGUCAUGGAGAUGAAGAAGGCUCAGUGCGUAGUUUGUCGCAAAAAGCCCCCGGCGAAUCCUGUCAAGGGCAAAUGCGGUUGCGUCUUCUGCUCCAGUUGCGUUGUGUCCCACUUCGCACUGAAGAGCAGGAAUUGUCCAAAGUGUCGCAGGAUCAUAGGCCUUCCGAAGCCACUCACGCCAUUCGACGACAACCACGAUGGAGAUGCAGAGUCUGCCACGAAGGCCCCUAAUGAUAAGGAGUACGCCAAAGGGUUCGACUGCACCGGAUUUCAGCAUGUCGAGGAUGACAAGGACGAUAAGCAUGCAGUCAGAUUCCUGCAAGUGGCAGAUAGAAAUCCUCAUCUGCCUCUUACCUCCAGUGCCAAGUUGACGGCAUUGAAGGAGACAGUUUUGAGAUGGCAGGCCGAAGCCUCAGACGACAAGAUUAUUAUCUUCAGUCAAUUCAACGUCGUCAUGAAGAUCGUCGGCCGCAUGCUCGAAGCGGAAGGAAUCGACUUUGCCUACCUUAGCGGGAGUCAGACCACCGAGCAGCGCAACAGGGCCGUCGAUGAGUUCCAGAAUGGCCACAAAAUCAAGGUCCUCAUUGUCUCGCUUCGCGCAGGCGGCCAGUGUCUGAACCUGACCCGGGCAAACCGCGUCAUCCUCAUUGAGCUCUGGUGGAACCACGCCGUGGAGCAGCAGGCUUUCGCCCGGGUUUUCCGCAUCGGUCAGAUUAAAGAAACCCACUUCGUGCGCUUCAUCGUCGAUACGCCGAUUGAGCAGCGCAUGCUACAGUUGCAGGCUGACAAGAUCCUCUCUAUUGACGCUGCGCUUCAAGAUGACACGACCAGGGCGCCCAAGAUUAGCCUCCAGGAUAUAGCUAGCCUUCUCGGCAGAGUCACGAUGAGAGACGGAGUCAUCCAUCACGUCUCGGCUGACUACGAUGAGGAUGACAGCGACAGAGAAGAUGACGAAGAAAACGAAUCUGAUAAGGAAGAAGAGGAAGACCUUGAAGGUUUUGUUGUCCCCGACGACGAAGACGAGGAGUUGGGGGGUCGCAGGUUGGCGAUUCGGGAGCAGAUGGGCUCCCUUUCUGACGAGUCGGAAGAGGAGUGA